UCGAUAAAGUGCAACCGUUCUAUACAAACGCGUUCCAAGCUCCGUCUCUCCGUCUAAGGGAAUUGUCCGUUACGGUUUAGUUGAUUUGUCAUAUCAUCAUAUCGAGUGUUAAAUUACGUCUAUACGAGUUUCGAAUUGCCAAUGUGAAAACCUUUAAGCAACAACAACAAACAAUUGACCCUCAUUGGUCAAAGUGUUAACCUUGCCUCUCUUUUACCUGCAACAUCAACAACAUCAGCAACAAUAACAACUACUACGCCUGAGCGGCAUGCUAAAAUCCAAAGUGUAUUAGUCAUGAAUGUCAGAGUGGCUUUUGAAUCACCAACAAAAAGAUCUCUUCCUAUCUCCUACCCUGCCGACCUCCUCUUACCUAACCCCAACGCAAGUAGCGGCAGCAGCAGCAGCAGCAGCAGGCCAACAUUAAUGAAUAACCAGCGAAUGCCGUAAACUGUGUGUUUACAUUGCUCAAAGCAUUACUCAUACCCCACUCCACAAGUCUAUAUAACCCGAUUGAUGAUCGUAACUGGCAUUUGGAUUUCAUUUCAAAAACAGAAAGAAGAAAAAAAAACAAUCAAGUGCCUGGGCAGCAUCUUCUUUUGAAAUUUGAUUACGUGAACAUUAAAUACUAAAAUACUGACCAUAGCUACUGAUAAGAGACGACGAAGUCAUACUAAAGAGAGGCAGAGAGUGUGUGAGAAAGAGAGGGUGAGAGAGCGGGCAGUGAGAGUGAUCGAGUGUGAUUACAAGCAAUCUGAGAGAGCUAUAGUCGACUAUUGUGAAGUGGCCCAUUAUAAACUAAGCCUCAAAAAAAAAAAAAAAAAAAACACAUACAAAACUCAAAUUGAAAACAAAAUAACGUAUGUGCCAGCCAAAAAUAAACCAGCAUGGAUGAUGAUACAAGCACCACCAUUGGCACCACCCCACUGGAGCCAUUGGGUACGGUUAUGACAACACUAGCAACGGACAGUGAAGAGAAUGGCUUCUCGCCAUCGUUGAUGACCUUUGCCGCAGUGAUGACCUUUCUGAUCAUGAUUGUUGGCAUUUGUGGCAAUUUUCUCACUGUGGUCGCCCUGCUCAAGUGUCCCAAGGUGCGUAAUGUGGCCGCUGCUUUCAUUAUCAGUCUUUGUAUUGCCGAUCUAUUGUUUUGUGCUCUGGUGUUGCCCUUCCAGGGUUUGCGUUUCGUCCAGGGCACCUGGCGUCAUGGAGCCGUUCUGUGUCGCAUCAUUCCAUUCAUUCAGUAUGGAAACAUUGGCGUCUCAUUGCUCUGCAUUGCCAUGAUCACAAUCAAUCGAUAUGUGAUGAUUACCCACCAUGGCUACUAUGCACGGAUCUAUAAGCGACACUGGAUCGCCAUUAUGAUAGCCGCUUGCUGGCUCUUCUCCUAUGGCAUGCAAUUGCCCACUCUGUUGGGCAUCUGGGGACGCUUUGGCUACGAUACCCGUCUGAAGACUUGCUCCAUUAUGAGCGAUAGCCAUGGACACAGCAGCAAGACGACGUUAUUUAUCACAGCGUUUGUCAUUCCUUGCAUGGUGAUCAUUGCAUGCUAUGCCAAAAUCUUCUGGGUUGUCCACAAAUCCGAACAACGGCUGAAGAGCCAUGCCAACAAACAGAAUUCCAUACCAAAUAAUCUGAGGCCAGUUGCGGGAGCCAGUGGAGCAAGUGCCAGUGCUGAGAGUCAGACCCAGGCCCAAAAUCAGGCAUGUCGUGUGUCCUCCGAUAGCAGUAGUUAUUCCACAGAUGUACCAGAGCCAGCUCCUGGCGGUGGGGUUAAGCAGCAGCCGUCUCGGGUCAAGGAUCAACGCGAGGUGAGGGCCAAACGCAAUGAGUGGAGAAUCACGAAAAUGGUUUUGGCCAUAUUUCUGUCAUUCGUCAUCUGCUAUCUGCCCAUAACCAUUGUCAAGGUGGCCGACAAUAAUGUGGAGCAUCCCAGUCUGCAUAUCUUUAGCUACAUUAUGCUCUACCUGUCGGCCUGCAUCAAUCCGAUCAUCUAUGUCAUUAUGAAUAAGCAAUAUCGCAAGGCCUACAAGACGGUGGUUCUGUGCCAACCAUCGCGUCUUCUACUGCCCUUUGGCAAGACCAAUGGAGCCAGCAGUGCUGCAGAGAAAUGGAAAGAUACCGGGUUGAGCAACAACCACAGCCGCACCCUGGUCUCGCAGAUGUCAGCUGGAGGCACGGGAACAUCAAUGGGGACAACAAAGGAAGCUCCGCCUUCGCCCUCACUAGCGCCAGCACAGGGCCUCGAGUUGAUGUCCCGUCCAGGACCAGAUCUGAUCACCAAAUCGAAUCUGCCUCUGCCGCAGACGCAGCCGCAGUUGCCACCACCGCCGCCGCCGCCGUCGGUGACGAAUCUAUGCAGCAUUCGGUUGCCGAUCAAGAAGAGCAAUCACUCUUACAUAAACAGCGGCUUCAACAACAGCAGCAGCAGCAGCAGCAACAACAACAUCCCCACCACCAACAGCAAUCCCACCCCCAUCAGCAGCAGCAGCACCAUCAACUCCAAUCCAAUGAGCGGGAUCGGAAGCAGUAUCUAUCGACCCUCAACUGGAGGCCACUCAGCGCCAAUACGACGCAUCACGAUGGUGGGGGACGAUAUAAUACUGGAGGAGGAGGAACUACCGUCCACACCACCGCCGACACCGCCAACAGUGCCACCGCCGCCACCGCCAUCCGUCAAGACAGCUCCGCCCACGACGCCCAUCUACAUGAACGUCAACAGUCCGAAGAGAAACCAAACCUAUACCCAGACAAAUAGUUCGGUCAAUAAUUUGGCAUCUCAGCCUGUGACGGGCGAGGCCCAGGAUCACAUGGCUAGCAAGGUGUCGGCUAAAUUGAAAUUUCCAAAAGACUAACAAAAUGCUUUAAUUCCAAAAAAAGAAACAAAAACGAAAAAAUUACACACACACACACACACACACACACACACCACAAACCAAACGUAUCUGGUAAGACGUUAAUCCAUUCGAAGAAGCCAAAUUUAAGGCAUAAGCGUAUAUCGUAUUUUAUUAGAUCGUGUAUCGUAUGCUUGUUUAACUUUAUCUUUAUAUCGUAAAUGUACUUUCUAGAAAUGUAUUUAUCGUUGCCCGCGUUUAGUAUUAAUCUAAUACUUUUUUUUUUUUAAUUUUAUUUUAGUCGGGCCCAAAUCUGGCCAAAAUCGCUAUACAAGUAUACACAUACAUAUAUGUAAAUCGUUUUUU